AUAUUUUGCCGGGUGUUCACAGGAAAAACUGGUUACUUCUCUUUGAAAUUAAUUUCAAUCUUUUGCUACUAACCCCAUUGUACGAUCGACAAAUUUUUAUGGUUUAUUGUGUGGUAUAUUUUCACAGACAAUUACAAAAAAACAGAUUGAUAUAGUAUUGCGCUAACUCUGAUGAUAUAUAAAAAAAUGUCUUUUUGAACGAUAUUACCAACAUUUCAAGUAAUUUCUAUUUUCUUAAAGCUUCAAAAAAACUCAAUGCGAAUAGUUAAAGUGACAACUUAGAAUCCUAAUUAAAAUUCAUCUCCUUGAAUUCGAAAUUUGUUUAUUUUUGGUUUUCAUCUUUCCUAAUCAAAGUGAUCAACCGAUUUAAAACGUUGAGAUAACGUUUUCCGGCCCACCAUCUCCAAGGAUAGUUUGAAUUUUUGAAAGGGAUCAAGAAGAUUGCUGAUAAUGUCAGCUAAAUUUUGGAAACCUGGAACAGAAAAACCAGGAGCCCACCUUAACGAUGAAAGAAAAGGGGAUAGCGAAUUUCGUUUUGUAUCAUAUAAUAAACAUAGACAUUUAUCAAUACAACAACAGCGUCAACAUUUGCCAAUAUUUAAAAGAAGAAAUGAAAUAUUAUAUAUGAUAGACAGAUAUAAAGUGGUUGUAAUUGUCGGCGAAACUGGAAGCGGAAAAUCAACCCAAAUACCACAAUACUUAUUGGAAGCUGGAUGGGCUGCUGAUUCAAAGAGUAUCCUUGUAACUCAACCACGUCGGGUAGCAGCAGUUUCCCUCGCUUCCAGAGUUGCAGACGAAAGAGGAACGAUACUUGGCCAAGAAAUUGGAUAUAUUAUACGGUUUGAAGAUUGCUCCGAUGACAGAACAAAAGUUAAAUUUAUGACGGACGGCAUGCUAAUCAGAACUUUAAUGAGAGAUCCACUGUUAGAAGGAUAUUCAGUUAUUGUUAUGGAUGAAGCUCAUGAACGUUCUGUCCAAACGGAUUUGGCAUUAGGCCUCUUGAAGAAAAUUAUAGCUAAACGUCCUGAUUUGAAGGUUAUUAUAUCCUCUGCAACUCUGGAUGCGGAAGCUAUGAAAAAUUUCUAUAACACAAACUUAACGGACGAUGAUAGACUAGAUACAGCUGCAAUCUUGACAGUUGAAGGACGAAUGUGGCCGGUUGAUAUCUUUUUCUCAACUAAUCCAGUUCCAGAUUACCUUGAGGCAACCGUUCAAACUGUAUGCAAAAUUCAUGUUGGACAACCAGAUGGCGAUAUUUUAGUAUUUUUAACCGGAAUGGAGGAAGUUCAACACGUUGUAAGAGAAUUAAUCGAAAAAGCGCGGGCUAUGUUAAAGAAAAGCGAUAUCAAACUGAAGAUGAAAAUAGUACCAUUAUACGCAGGUUUACCAGGGGCUGAUCAGUUCAAAGUAUUUGAGAGGACGCCCAAAGGUAUGAGAAAAGUUGUUAUCGCAACAAAUAUUGCAGAAACCAGCGUUACCAUAGACAGAAUAUGUUAUAUUAUAGACUGUGGCUUUGUUAAACUAAGAGCAUAUAGUUGUAGAACGGAUGCAUUAGUAGUUAUACCAAUUUCUCAGGCAUCAGCAAAACAAAGAUGCGGUAGAGCUGGGCGUGUUAGAUCCGGAUGUGCUUACAGAUUAUAUACUCAGGACUCUUACGAGGAGAUGAAUGAAAACAAUGUGCCUGAAAUUCAGCGCUGUAGUUUACCAUCAGUCAUUCUACAACUGAAAGCCUUGGGUGUGUCAAAUAUCGUAAGAUUUCCCUUGGUAUCACCCCCUCCGGCCCAAAAUCUAUUAACUGGUGCAGAAUUAUUGUACGCAUUGGGUGCUAUUGACAAGUCCUGUCAAUUAACCGAAUUAGGAAUGAAAAUGGCCGAAUUACCUGUACCACCUAUGUUUUCAGCUAUGCUAUUAAAAGCUCCAGAGUUUAAUUGUAGUCAAGAAAUUUUAACUAUCGUUGCCAUGGCUCAAGUAAGAAAUGUCUUCGUCGUACCACCAAAACAGAAGAGAGAGGCAGAGAAGCAUAGGAGAGUUUUUGCAGUUGCUGAGGGUGACCUUAUAUCUCUUUUGAAUGUGUAUAGGUCGUUUUGCGAGAAUGAGCAAUCGUCUAGUUGGUGUCAAAAAAAUUGGCUUCAUUAUAAGUGCUUGAAAAGAGCAAUUGAAAUACGUGAUCAGUUGGAAAGGUGCUUGAAAAAGCUUAAAAUUAAUACUCGAUCCUCAACAGAUGACGUUGAAGCAGUUACGAGAUGUCUCGUAACCGGUUUAUUUUCUAAUGCUGCAAAACUUUAUCCAACAGGCGAAUAUAGAACAAUAAGAGACAAUGAAGUUUUGCAUAUACAUCCAACAUCUAUCAUUUAUCCUGUGCGACCUCCACCGGCCUAUGUAAUUUUCGGAGAAUUGAUUAUGACAUCUCAAAAUUAUAUGAGAGACGUAACGGCUAUUGAAGGAAAAUGGUUACACGAAUUGGCCGAACAUUAUUAUGAUUUUGGCACUGAAAGAGAAUUAUCAAUUAAAAGAAAUAGACUGGACGAGGAAAGUUUGACGGAUGUAUUACAGUUCUGA